AUGAAUAAGAAAGCGAUAUCUUUCGCCAAAAUAAGUCUCAACAUCAGUAAACCCACAGGAGAUGGUAGUAAAAAUGACACAGACUCUACUUCAGGCUUCGGUACUUUUGGUCGUAUUCCCAUUCAAAAACACAAGGAAAUUGAAGAAAUUGCUGAAGAUCUAGAAAAUCAACAUGUCCAAGAAGUAAUGGGAAUCAAAAAUUUUGGCAAAAAAGCGAAAAAUUAUGACAUUUCCGAAAUGGUACAGCAGGCAAAAAUAAAAGCUCUAGAAGCCAAUAAAAAGAGGUUAGAAGCUGAAGCUGAUAAAAUAGAACCUGUUAAAGAAGAUGAAAGUGAUGAUGAAUUAAUAGGACCUCCAUUACCUCCUAGUUUAUCAUCCCAAGAUGAUAGCAAUCCAGAUAUUGGCCCUCCUAUUCCUCAAAACUUGCUUCAAAAGAAUAAAGGGGAUGAAAUUAAAUCUAAAAAAGUUGAAGAAGGCGAUGAAGACAGCUAUGAUGACUUAAGUGGGUCUGAUGAAGAAGAGGAACUUCCUAUAGAUAGAAGAAUACCAAAUACUCACGAGGUUGAAAUGCUACAUGGUAGCAAAGCAGUUUUGGCUCUUGCAGUUGAUCCAUCUGGUGCUCGGCUGGCUACAGGAUCUAUAGACUAUGAUGUCUCCUUUUGGGAUUUUGCGGGUAUGGACUCUUCAAUGCGCUCCUUCCGUACGCUCCAACCUUGCGAAAAUCAUCCUAUAAAAGCGCUGCAGUACUCCACUACUGGGGAUUCUAUCCUAGUGGUUAGUGGAUCGGCUCAAGCUAAGGUUUUGGACCGAGAUGGAUUCGAAGUACUGGAAUGUGUAAAAGGAGACCAGUAUAUAACUGACAUGGCUAGAACCAAAGGCCACACGGCCGCUUUAAACAGUGGUUGCUGGCAUCCAAAUAUCCGCGACGAAUUCAUGACUUGUUCCCAGGACGGAACACUACGUCUGUGGGUCACGGAGAACCCUAAGCAACACAAAGCAAUCAUCAAACCGAGACAACAGGGUGGUUUGAAGACUGCACCUACAGCUUGCACCUUCUCUAGAGACGGGAACACAGUGGCUUGCGGGUGUUAUGACGGCUCCAUACAAAUGUGGGAUCACAGAAAGAAUUUCGUCAAUAAUUCUGUACUUCUCCGAGAUGGGCAUCAGAAACAAUCUGAAAUAUGCAGUAUAGCAUACUCAUAUUUAGGUUCAUAUUUAGCUAGCAGAGGAAACGAUGACACGCUAAAGAUUUGGGAUUUGAGGCAAUUUAAAAAGCCGUUACAUGUGUUUGAUAAUCUUUUCUCAAGAUAUGACCAAACUGACUGCGCUUUCAGUCCAGACGAUACAUUGGUAUUUACAGGAGAAUCAUUACAAAAAGGACAGAAUAAUGGGCGGCUGUUAUUUUACAACACGAAAACUUUUGAGCAAGUUACACAUAUAGAUGUGUCGAAAUCCCACGUGAUAAAGGGUAUUUGGCACCCAAAGUUAAAUCAGAUAUUCGUUGGAUGUGGUAACGGUGUGGUAAAGUGCUACUUUGACCAAAAACGAAGUCUUCGUGGCGCAAAACUGUGUAUAGUCAAGACACAUAGGAAGAAACAUUCAGUUGAAGUAGUUAGUGCUCAGCAAAUAAUAACUCCUCAUGCUCUCCCAUUAUUCAGGCAAGAGAAAUUGAGAACAUCGAAGAAGAAAAUGGAAAAGGAUCGUCUGGAUCCUGUCAAGUCUCAUCGACCAGACUUACCAAUUACAUCCGGUCAGGGAGGUAGAGUUGCAGCUUCUGGAAGUACUCUAAGCUCGUUCGUCAUUAGAAAUCUUGGACUUAGUAAGAGAGUGGAUGAUGAACAGGAUCCAAGAGAGGCUAUUUUGAAAUAUGCUAAAGAGGCAGAGGAGAAUCCCUUCUGGGUAGCACCUGCUUAUAAAAAGACACAGCCAAUGCCGAUAUUCCAAGUAGAAGGGGAGGAAGAUGGCCCUCCUGAUGUGAAGAAAUCUAAAACCUCCUAG